UCCGCCUAAAGGGUUGACGCCUUGACGGUUUCUUCAUCAUAACAAUUCUCUUCCUUAAUGGACGCAAUCAUCAUCAUGCUCGGCCGUUGACCCCAAUCACGACGUCAUUUUCAAUCGCUCCUUCCGUUUCUCUGGUUUUUCAUUCUCAUCAUUUCGUAUACGUAUCUACGUGUCCAACGUUUUUGUUGCUGAGAUCUGAAAUUUUCUCACCAGUAUAGGGGAAUUGAAGAAUAUUUGAUAGAUAGUCGGUUAUAGGGAUCCACCAUGGGCGGAAAUGAAGCGGUGAAGCUUGAUGAUGAGCAGAUAGCCGAAUUACGGGAGAUUUUCCGGUCAUUUGAUCGGAAUAACGACGGAAGCUUGACGCAGCUCGAGCUCGGAUCAUUACUCCGAUCGCUCGGCCUCAAUCCGAGUGCGGAUCAGAUGGACUCAUUAAUCCAGAAGGCCGAUAGGAAUAGCAACGGCUUGAUCGAGUUCUCGGAGUUCGUCGCGCUGGUGGAGCCGGAGCUCAUACCGGCCAAGUGUCCGUACACGGAGGAGCAGCUGCGGAAGAUAUUCCGGAUGUUUGACAGAGACGGCAAUGGAUACAUAACAGCGGCCGAGUUGGCGCAUUCCAUGGCUAAGCUAGGCCACGCCUUGACGGCGGAGGAGCUGACGGGGAUGAUCAGGGAGGCCGAUACUGACGGCGAUGGCUGUAUCAACUUUCCGGAGUUCGCUCAGGCAAUAACCUCUGCUGCAUUUGAUAAUUCCUGGAGUUGAUGCUCCAUGAGAAUUCAAAAAUUUUCAAUCUGCCCUAGACUUCAUCUUCAUUUUCGACCCCCUUUUCCCCAUUCAUUUAGUUGCUGCUUAGAUUAUACUUCAUCUGGCAGUGAUAUAACGGCAUACACUUUAUCUGAUAAUUUUGGGCAUUGCAAUGUAAAUUAAGAAUGCAAUGUGUAAAUGGUUUUGGGAUUGUAGGAUUAAAAAUAUAGAUUUAACUUGUUUCUUAAUCAAAUUAACUACAAUUCUGGUCUUGAA